GUCCCUAACCAUCUGUUCAUCAGUGCUCUAUUCAUCAACACCAAGGGAGGAUGUCAGAUCUGGCUCAGCCACAUGGCAACCAUCCACGGCGUCCAAGUUUCAGACCUGCAUAAGAAGGUCACCUGGGAGGAUAUGGCAAAGGAAUGGAAGAAGCGGUUCAUAGUGGAUGACGCACCCGCGCUCGCCAUCAACCGCAUCUUCGCGAUGGCUCAAGGGAGCACACCGACACGUGACUGGCUCACGGAUUGGCAGAAGAUCGUGGCCACGCCCAAUCUGGACUUGGCAUUUCCGCAUCUGCGCCGUGAGUUCUACAACAGGUCAUGCGCCGCUCUGAGCCUCGCACUUGGUGAUCGCGAGCAGUACCACACUUUCGCAGAGAUCAUCAACAAGGCGAGAGAGAUCAUCAAGACCAACAGGUCAACUGCACACGAGAAAUCAACAUGGCAGCCGACCUAUGUGGAGAAGGCACGAACUGGUCCGCGACAGCAGCACUUCGCUGCAGUCCAGCAGGACAGUGGAGAUAACCCAGCAGCCACUCCAGCAUCAAGUGACGGAGAUCAGGUGGCUGCUGUCCAGCCGCGAAGCAACAACAAGUCCCGCAACAAUGGGAAGGCGAAAUCCGCAUCGCAGGCCAGAAAUGGACAGCUAGUACAAGUUCCAUGGGUCAAGUUCGGCUUGACCGAGGCGGAGUACAAACUCGGGAAACUGAGCUCCUCGGAAGGUGAGGCGACUCCACCUUCUACUCCGCCAGAUUCGGCCGCCUUGCUAGCGGCCUCCUGCACAUCUGGGGAGGACGCGAAUGUCGCAAGUUCUCGUUACUCUUACGAGGACUAUGCUGUCUACUUGGUUCCACCGCUGGACCAGCUGCUCCACGUGCAACAGUCCCCCGCAUGCACGGUUUCAUCACCAUCGGCAACCGAUUCGGCACCUUCGCCGCAAUCUAUCGCCGGGGAUUCGACGUCAUGGUCAAGACUUGAUGAGCUCGACCCGUUGACGUUCACGAACUUCCAGUGGAUGCCCGUUCCCUCGACCGAACGAUUGCCGAAACCGCAUUGCAAUGUGCUCAUGGCACAACUGCGGGACUACUUGCACACUGCAGUACCAGCUCCGUUGAUGGACGACGGAGUACAUGUUGUCAACCUUCACGAGUACAUCGCGAAGAUUGACCGCGAGUUCAAGACGCAACGAUACGACGACAUCGACGCACCAUUGCUAUACAUACGCAUUCAGAUCGGUGAGGCGACCUGCAGUGCCUUGAUCGAUUGUGGAGCAUCUCGCAAUUACAUCAGCCAGGACUUCAUGGUGCGCGCCGGCCUUGGCCCACGUGUCCGGAGGAAGUCCCAGACUACGCAAGUCACGUUGGCAGACGAUUAUACGCACAAGUCAAUCGACCGGUGCAUUGACGUCGUCCCCGUGUACUUUGCCCUCACGCAAGUGAGGCGGUGUCCUUUGACAUUCUGGACACCAAAUUUGACAUGAUCUUGGGCAUGUCAUGGCUGCGAAGCGAGGAUCGCCCGAUGAACUUCUUCAACCGCACCGUUCACAUUCGUGAUCG